AUGUCAUGGACAUGCUUUUUUUUAAUAAUUUCAGAAGACACACACUCUGUGUCGCACUCAACCACUCACGAUUCCAGCGCACUGCUGAACACCUCGGAGGGUUUGGAGAUUCAUGUGGAGCUGCCUGGCAAACAGCGACGCACCAAAGAGAAAAACCAACAGGACUUAGAGUUGGCGCUCAAACGCAAAUUGAAUCGUGAUUUGAAAGAACGUUACUUUAAUUUACACAAAACUACAUUAUUGUGUUGUUUUGCACGUAGUUACCAUUACAAUCGGCUGCUCAACGACACACCGCUGAUGCAGGCUGCAUUAAAACUGCUGCCGAGUAGCAAUGCCUAUCCACCAGAGCGUGGCACCGAGAUCAAGUACUUUCAGUCAAUGGUCACUUGGUAUAAGACCGCUGUGAAGUUGGCUUCGCCCAAUUUAUAUGGUGAGAAGGUGCGUAAGAGUAGGCGGCGAGUGAAGCGGGAGCUCAUGUCACAGAUUAAACGUAAGGAGGCUAGUUGCAAACAGGAUUUUGUAUUUAUAUUUGUGUGUUUACUGCGUGCGAUGGGCUUGCAGUGCCGGCUGAUUGUCAAUAUGCAGCCACUGCCGCUGCGACCGUCCCCAUCAGAUUUGUUGACGAUCAAAUUAAAGCGCGAGUGCGAUAAAAAGGAAGAGAAUGCGGUGGAGGUAAAGAAGUUAAAAGUCGAAGGUGGCAUAGCAGGUGGAACUGAGAAUCAGAAGCAGCUUGAAAAGACCAGCAAAGAGAAGGCUACAAAAGCAAAGGAAAAGAGUGUGAAAGAGGAACAUAAGAGAGAUAAAGAAAAAGAGAAAGCACGGGAUAAGAGCAGUGAGAAGGCUGUUAAAGAGAAAGUCACGAAGGAAAAAGAAAAGAUAGGUAAGGAUGUUGCCAAAAGUAGUCGUGCCAAGGUAGUUUCAAAAAGUUCCGGUAAGGAAGCGGUGCAGAAAAGCUCCCACGGAGGAAGCAAAAAAACGUCAAGUGCCACGCUGGCCGAAUUAAAAGCAGUGGAACAAUCUGAAAGUAAGGAUAACAUUGUAAAGUUAGAUGAAAAUCUAACACAAACACAGCAGCCUUCACAAAGAGCUCUGGUCAAAGUACCAACGGAGGAAGCGGCAGCGAAUGCUAAGAAUGCACUGAACAGCUCAAAAGAAAAAUUGUCUACAAAGGGAGUAAAACCGAAGCUUUCACGUCUAAAGAGCAAAAGAAAUGCCACGAAUCCUAAUGAUCGUGACAAGCUCGACUUUUCGGCUGAUAAGCCUGGCCUCAGUGUUGAAGCAAUGACAACUGCACAAGCCAAGCGGCAAAUUUCCACUGAGAAGCCAAUAAUAAAUAAAGCAAAAGCGGCAACUAAAAGCGCUAAGCCAGUAAUACAGAUUGGUUCACCUGUCAUACCGAAAAUCGUGAUCCAAUCAGGUAAAACAGUUAUCACUGCCGAACGUGAGAACCAACCAAAUGCCAGUAGCAGCCGUACGCGUGUGACUCGUUCACGAAGUAAAUCCCCCAAAAUGCAUAUCUCACCGACGUUCCUACAGAGCACAGAUUAUAGAAAUAAAUUUCCCGAGCCCGCAGCUAAUGUAAAAGCACUGCCGACAGCUGGCCGUAUCGCGACACGUGCCAGGUCAAAAAGUCCAAAGCAGAAAAUACAAAUCUCGACAGAUUUUUUGAAAGGACAUGGUACCAGCGCCGCUGAAUCAAUUGCAGGCAGUACACGAGCAGGACGUAUCUUACGUUCACGUCAAAAAUCUAAUGAGGUUGCUGGUACUGAUAAAAAACUACCGCCAGUGCCACAAUUAGAUGGCGCUGACGAUAGUAUGGAGCAGGCGUCGUCUAAAAGUAAGCGUCCACAAUUAAAAAAGUUGAAAAUGAAAUCGCGAUCGCGUGACGACGAUUCCGAUUCCGACUUUGAGCCGUCACCACCGAAACAGCCCAAAAAGCCGCCACCAAUACCAACAAAGAAGCCUGUGGACCGUCGUGUGUUGUCGUCCGAUGAGGAGGAAGGUGGUGGCGGUAAAGUCAAGCGUAAUCCAACAGCGGCAGAUAUUUGGGUGGAAGUGUGGUCCGAUGCGGAAGAGCAGUGGGUUUGCAUAGAGUUGUUUAAAGGCAAAUUGCACUCCGUAGAGGCGAUCAGGAAAGCCGCCUCCUCCAGUUUCGCUUACGUGUUCGCAUUCCAAAAUGAUUUGAGCAUUAAGGAUGUGACUGCUCGUUAUUGUCCCAAUUGGACAACAACUGUACGCAAGUCACGUGUUGAACGCGCGUGGGUGGAAGCAGCCUUUGCACCGUACUAUGGUCAACGCACAGCUCGUGACAUUCGCGAGGAUCAGGAGCUACGUCGUAUACACGAAGAGAAACCCAUGCCUACCUCAAUUGCCGAGUACAAAGAUCAUCCGUUGUAUGCGCUUGGGCGUCAUUUACUUAAAUUCCAAGCAAUUUAUCCACCGGAACCACCAACCUUAGGUUUUAUACGUGGUGAACCGGUAUAUGCGCGUGAAUGUGUGCACACCCUACAUUCGCGCGAAAUUUGGCUGAAGCAGGCUCGAACUGUUAAGCUGGGCGAACAGCCUUAUAAAAUUGUAAAGGCGCGCCCCAAAUGGGAUCGGUUAACACAAACGGUCAUAAAAGACCAACCGCUGGAGAUUUUUGGCUAUUGGCAGACAGAGGAUUAUGAGCCGCCAACAGCCAAAAAUGGCGUUGUGCCACGCAAUGCCUACGGCAACGUGGAACUAUUCAAAGAGUGCAUGUUGCCCAAGAAAACAGUACACCUACGCUUGACGGGCUUAAAUCGCAUUUGCAAAAGACUUGGCAUCGAUUGUGCGCACGCAGUGAUUGGUUUUGAUUUUCAUCAAGGCGCCUGUCAUCCUCUAUACGAUGGUUUUGUCGUUUGUGAGGAGUUUGCCGAUCAAGUGACGGCGGCUUGGUAUCAAGAUCAGGAAGAGCAAGAGAAAAAGGAGCAAGAUAAAUAUGAAGCACGUGUUUAUGGCAACUGGAAGAAGCUCAUUAAAGGUUUGAUUAUACGCGAGCGGCUAAAGAAGAAAUAUAAUUUUUAA